AUGGUGUGCCUGGCUCUUCUCCCCACGGGCUCACUCCUCCUCUUCCUCAUCCUCAGCACCGUGGCCCGGGGGGAGUACGGCGUGGUGCAUGUGGUGUCAGAGAACUGGAGCAAGGACUACUGCGUCCUGUUCAGCUCUGAUUACAUCACUCUCCCCCGGGACCUGCUCCAUGCCCCGCUCCUGCCCCUGUACGAUGCCACCACCACCCCCUGGUGCCCAGGUGAGGACACCUUCCACCGGGUCCUGCCUGGCUCACCACAGCCCCUGCGCCGGACCACCGCCAUGGUCUUGAGGGGUAACUGCAGCUUCUAUGCCAAGAGUUGGCUGGCGCAAGGCCAGGGUGCCCACGGGCUGCUCAUCGUGAGCCGCGUUAGCGACCAGCAGUGUGCUGACACCACCCCGGCAGCCCAGGACACCAGCCGGCCCCUGCCAGGCCUCACCAUCCCUGUGGCUGUGCUGCGCUACGCCGACAUGCUUGACAUCCUCCGCCACGCCCACGGCCAUGGCGGGAUCCACGUGGCCAUGUAUGCACCCCCAGAGCCCAUCAUCGACCUCAACAUGGUGGUCAUCUUCAUCCUGGCCGUGGGCACCGUGGCCCUGGGUGGCUACUGGGCUGGCAUGACUGAGGCCGACCAGCUCCUGCGACGCCGGGCCCGAGGGGGCGGGGGGUUUGGUGGACCCCAUCAGCCACCAGCAUCGGGGGUGCUGGCAGCAGCCCUGAGGGCCUGGGGGACCCAAGAGGAAGGGGACGAGGACGCACCGGUGGACUUCACACCGGUCAUGACAGGUGCGGUGGUGGUCAUGUCCUGCUCCAUCAUGUUGCUGCUCUACUUCUUCUAUGACCGCUUCGUUUACGUUAUGAUCGGGAUCUUCAGCCUGGGUGCUGCCACGGGCCUCUACAGCUGCCUGGAGCCUCUGGUACGCCGCCUGCCGCUGCAGCACGCCCGCUGGACCCUGCCAGGCCACCGGGCUGGCGUGCCGCUGCCCCUGCUGCUGCUGUUUGCACUCUGCACCUCCAUCACCCUGCUCUGGGUGGCCUACCGCAACGAGGACCGCUGGGCGUGGCUGCUGCAGGACGCUCUGGGCGUGGCCUACUGCCUCUUGGUCCUGCGGCGCGUGCGGCUGCCCACACUCCGGAACUGCGCCUCCUUUCUGCUGGCCCUGCUGGCCUUCGAUGUCUUCUUUGUGUUCAUCACACCCCUCUUCACCAGGACUGGUGAGAGCAUCAUGGUGGAGGUGGCCUCAGGCCCCACGCACUCCUCCAGCCAUGAGCGACUGCCCAUGGUGCUCAAGGUGCCCCGACUGAGCUUCUCAGCCCUGACCUUGUGUGACCAGCCCUUCUCCAUUCUCGGCUUCGGAGACAUCGUUGUCCCUGGCUUCCUGGUCGCCUACUGUCAUCGCUUCGACGUGCACAUGCGUUCCGGCCAGCUCUACUUCAUGGCCUGUAUUGCCGCCUAUGCCGUGGGACUGUUGACCACCUUCCUGGCCAUGGUCCUCAUGGGUGUGGGCCAGCCCGCCCUGCUCUACCUGGUGUCCAGUACUCUGCUCAUCAGCCUGGCUGUGGCCACCUGCCGCCAGGAGUUCAGCCUCUUCUGGACUGGCCAGGGCAAAAGUGGGAUGCCAGCCUGGCCCAUGGCAGAGCCGGGUGGCUCGGAGCAGAAGCAGGAAGGCAUCAUGGGCAUUCACACCUCUGGCGAGUGGGAAGGGGCCAUUGACCAAGGGGCAGGGGACUUGGACGGUGAGAUCUGGGAAGAGGCGUCCUGUGUUGUCCCUGUAUCUGAGGAUGAAGUCACCAGCACCAAGGGUCCCAGCGACACCUCUGAGGGUUGGAACGACGCCAACCUGGAUCCUACUGAGCUGCCCCCCGCUGGCUCCCCCGCGGCCUCGGAGGGACUGAUGCCACUGCUGCCCAUGGCCGUAUUCAUUCCUCUGAUGCCACUGAGGCCACCACCCUCAGAGCUGGGCCACACCCAGGCCCAGGCCCAUGACGCUGGACUGUCCUGGACUGGGCUGCACCAGAGGAAAGGCUUGAGGGUCAAAAAGAGCAGGUCAUCGCAGGCACCCUUGUGA